AAUUUUUUCACUCCUACUCUGGCUUCCGGACGCCAAGACAGACCGCUGCCGCCGAAUUUAAAGAGACAGGCAAUAGUUAUUUUAAAUACGAUAAACGGCAACCAUUGUCCCUUAGCUUAUUUUGUCCGAGCUUGUUUAAUUUCGUAGAUAUGUUUAAUCAAAGUUGCAGCGAGUAGCGGCUUGUCUGUCAUCACCCUGCACUCUGCUGGAUUUCCCGUCCUUUUUUUUUUUUUGCAUCUGAAGCCGAGACUGUCCAGCCAGGCAAAGUAGGGUUUGCUCGCUGGCAGGCUGGCUUCCCGACCGAGAGGAAGGUUUGUCGGCUAACCAACAACUGGAGGUUACACCGAAGCUUCCCUCUCAAGUUGUCGGUUGUGGCUCCCCCAGCCUCCCCCGACGCCGGGAUAUAAUGGCGAAGAUUCAGGCACACAGCACCGCGAAGCAAAUAAACCAAAUCCAAGACAAGCCUUACGUUAUAACACAAAAGCAAGUGCAGCAGCAGCACUUCCAGAAGCUGAAGGUUGAAGAUGCCUUGUCAUAUCUGGAUCAAGUCAAAAUACGUUUCGCGAAUGAUCCCGGCAUAUACAACAAGUUUCUCGACAUCAUGAAAGAGUUCAAGUCACAGAGCAUUGACACACCAGGGGUGAUAAACCGCGUGUCUCAACUCUUCCAUGGACACCCAGACCUCGUCUUGGGCUUCAAUGCCUUCCUACCACCGGGAUAUCGGAUAGAGGUCCCCAAGAAUGGGGUGGCUUUCCUCCAGUCUCCCUUCUCUACACAGGUAUCCCCAGGCCAGCAGGGGAAAGGUGUCACCACCUCUGCAGUGACCGCAACCUCAGGUAGUGUCUCUGCAGCCCAAACUGAAGCCGGGGCUGCCCAGACGACUGAAGUGAAGACGGCCUCAUCAGAGUCCAUAUCUUCCCCGAUCCCAGCAGGACCUCCAGAGCCCCCCAGCAGACUUUCUCUCCCCCUAAUGAGCAGAGAAAGUCAGAAUCAGGCGACCACCUCUUCUGUAUCCCCACCUGCCUCAGAGACCAGCCCUGUAGAGUUUGACAGUGCCAUCAGCUACGUAAACAAGAUCAAGAACCGUUUCCUGGACCAUCCAGAGAUCUACAGAGCCUUCCUAGAGAUUCUGCACACAUACCAGAAGGAGCAGCUGGAGGUUAAAGAGAGUCGAGGAAGCAGAGGCAGCAGUGGGAUGACGGAAGAUGAGGUGUUUUCAAAAGUUGCCAGUCUUUUCAAGGGACAAGAAGACCUGCUGGCCGAAUUUGGACAAUUCUUACCUGAUGCAAAGAGAUCAUUGUUCACAGGGAGCUCACUGACGGGAGGCAAAGAACAGCCGAAGAGGCUGGAGGACGAGGACACGAUAUCCAAACAGAACAAAAAGAGGCCUCGGCCCAUUCUCCUGCAGCACAUGUCCCCACUGCUAAAGAAGAAAAUGAAGUAUUCCUGUACCAAAGAUCAGUCCUUUGCUUCAGUUGGCAAACACGGAGUCUUAAGAGAAUUCUCCUUCUUUGAUAAGGUCCGUCGCCUGUUUAAAAGCCAGGAAGUGUACGAGAACUUCCUGCGCUGCAUCGCCUUGUUCAACCAGGAAGUAGUUUCAGGAGCAGAGCUGCUACAGCUUGUCACUCCUUUCCUGGGGAAGUUUCCUGAACUGUACACACAGUUUAAGUCGUUUCUGGGAGACAAAGAGCUCUCUCAUGUUGUGUCAGGGCUGUCGGAUCGCUACAUGGAGGGGGGAGGGGGCCGGGAGGUGGAUUAUGCCUCCUGCAAGCGCCUCGGGUCCAGCUACAGAGCUUUGCCCAAGACCUAUCAGCAGCCGAAAUGCAGCGGACGCACUGCCCUAUGCAAGGAGGUGUUGAAUGAUACCUGGGUGUCAUUCCCCUCUUGGUCAGAAGAUUCUACUUUUGUCAGCUCGAAGAAGACUCCUUACGAGGAACAGCUUCACCGCUGUGAGGAUGAAAGAUUUGAGUUGGAUGUAGUUCUGGAGACAAACCUGGCCACCAUCAGGGUGCUGGAGAGUGUCCAGAAGAAGCUCUCUCGUCUUUCUCCGGAGGACCAGGACAGAUUCAGACUAGAUGACUGCCUGGGCGGCACUUCUGAGGUCAUCCAGCGCCGCGCUGUGUAUCGUAUCUAUGGUGACAAAGCACCGGAGAUCAUUGAAGGACUGAAGAGGAGUCCUGCCACCGCUGUGCCUGUUGUGCUCAAGAGGUUGAAAGCCAAGGAGGAGGAGUGGAGAGAGGCCCAGCAGGGUUUCAAUAAGAUAUGGAGGGAGCAGUACGAGAAGGCGUACCUGAAGUCCCUCGACCACCAAGGAGUCAACUUCAAACAGAAUGACAUGAAGGCCCUCCGCUCCAAGAGUCUGCUCAAUGAGAUCGAGAGCGUCUACGAUGAGCGACAAGAGCAGAGUACUGAAGAAGGCGGAGUCGGACAGCAGAGCCGUAAUGGCUCUGGUGCAGCAGCGUCGAGUGAGCCUCACAUGGUGUUUACGUAUGAAGACAAACAGAUCCUGGAGGACGCCGCCUCGCUCAUCAUCUACCACGUCAAACGUCAGCCCACCAUCCACAAAGACGACAAGGACCACAUCAAGCGCAUCAUCCAGCACUUUGUCCCUGACCUGUUCUUCUCCCGCCGCGGUGACCUCAGUGAUACUGAAGACUGGACUGAUGAGGAGGCUGAUCCUGAGGAGAGUGCAGAGAGAGGAGGCAGUGGAGAGAGAGGAGUAGGAGGUGGGAAUGGAGGAUCAGCAGCACUGGCAGUAGUAGGAGGAGGAAAUAGUACUUCAAAUAGUGCACCAGGAGCAACAACAGCAGCAGCAGCAGCAGCAGCCACAGGUAGUCAGUCUCAACUCCAGCCUGUCUCGUCACAGUCCCAGAUCCUGUCACAACCCCUGCAGCAGCUCAACGGGGAGCCAAGACGAAGGCGCUGCAGCCCUUCACAAACUGCAGAACCAGAGGCCUCCACCACUUCUAGUAGCAUGAACCUGCCUGCAGGCACCGCCACAUCCACCCCUGGAUCCACACCUAUGGAGCCAAGUUCAGGCGUAACAGGGGAGAAGGUUGAUCUGCGUGACCCUGAAGCAGAGCACCAAAAGGAGCUGGACGGCGUGUACAACCUCUUCUUCGUCAACAACAACUGGUAUUUCUUCCUGCGGCUGCACCAGACGCUGUGUACGCGGCUGCUGCGGGUUUACCGACAGGCUGAGCGGCAGCUGCUGGAGCACCGAGCGGAGCAGAGCCGGGAGAGGCUGCUGAUGGCUGAGGGGAGGAGAGAAAAGGCAUGCGACCUGGCCAUGGAGCUCCGCCUCAAACAGCCAAGUGAGGUGGAGUUGGAGGAGUACUACCCAGCUUUCCUGGAUAUGGUGCGCAGCCUGCUGGAUGGAAACCUGGACUCCACACAGUAUGAAGACACACUGAGAGAGAUGUUCACCAUCCACGCCUACAUCGGCUUCACCAUCGACAAAGUCAUACACAACAUCAUUCGACAGCUGCAGCACCUGGUGAGCGACGAGGUGUGUCUGCAGGUGGUGGAUCUUUACCUGGCAGAGAGGAAGAGAGGGGCAGCGGGGGGAAACCUGUCCUCACAGUGUGUCAGAGCAGCCUGGGAAACGAGCUACCAGUGGAAAGCUGAGAGAGUCAUGGCCGAGGAGAACUGCUUCAAGGUGAUGUUCCUCCAAAACAAGGGUCAUGUGACGAUGACCAUCGAACUGCUAGACACUGAGGAAGCUCAAGCUGAUGACCCGUUAGACGUACAGUGCCUGUCGAGCUACAUGGAGCAGUUUGUGGGAACAGAGUCAAGUCUGUGUUCUCAAGUUGAGGGCUACUUCUUCAAGCCUGUAUUUCUGCCCAGAAACCUGCGGCGUUUCCGUCGCUGGCAGGUGCGACAGGUGGAAGCGAUGCGCUGCAGGAGAGAGUGGCACCGCCAGCUGGGCGUGGAGAACGCCGGGAGUCUGGACUGUCGAUUCAAACUCAACACCCACAAGAUGGUGUUUGUGAUGAACUCUGAGGAUUACAUGUACCGCAGAGGAGCGCUGGUCAAGGCCAGGAAGUCGCAGCACAGAGUGGCAGCCGGCCAGCAUGAACGCUUCGACAAGUGGCACCAGGGCUGGCUGGCCGAUCACGUCACAGCGUCGUCUGAACGUUCGGUGCAGAACUGGCUCAUGGGAGAGGAGGAGGAGGACAUGAUCCCCUGCAAGACUACCUGCCUGUCGACUGAGGUGAAAGGGCAGACGGUGAACAGAUACCAGGUUCAUUACAGCGGUAGCAAAGCCCCAGCCUCACCGUAGAGGCCUGCCAAGAGAUGGACACACAGCACACUCUCACACACACACAAUGACAUACACACAGGUAAAUGCAUGGACGUACGGGACACUCAUACACUAAACACAGACAUAAACAGCUGCAGUCCCACUCCUCCACCUUCUUCAACAACGUGUUCACUCAUUCACGUUCACUCACGAGUGGAGAAAACUGGAGUGAGUCGGUGGAUGUGUGCACAGCGAGUGAUGAUGUGGAGGAAAAGGACCAACACAGACAGUGAAGUAAUCAGUGACAGUGAACUCGGACCUGAAUGAUGGGACGGGUCGGACACGACGGCACAAACGUCAGCAGCAGCAUCAUCAUCAUCAUUCUAGCUUCUCUGGUGGCACUAAGCGAUGAUCAGACUGAUGGACACAGACCAUUGAUCAGGUGAGAAGUUCUGUGAUCAUGGACUUUGUUUCAGAAAUGUGAAUGUCUGUUUUUUUUUUUUUUAUUAUUAUUAUUAUUUUUUUUAAAGUCAAGUGUAGUUUUUAGCUUCUAAAGCCGGAGAGCCUUCUGUUUGUUGGUUGGUUGGUUGGUUAAUGCGUGUUUAUAUGGAGAGAUUAUGGUAAACGUGUGUAUGUAUGUGUAUCCUGCUCCUCAUUUUGUCUGUUUGUAUGCCCAGUGCAGGCUCGACAACUCUAGUAAUGACAUUAUUACUGUACGUGCAUAUAUACAACAGGGAUCCUGCUUUUUUAUAUAUGCAUCUACACGAGUUGAAUGAAGCAUCUUAAGAUCAUGUGGUUCUUUACAGUGUUUGCUGUCUGCCAACUCUUGAUGUUUGCAUUUUGUUUUUUUGUAUUUUUCCCUUUUUUGUGUUGUAGCUAAACAAGAUAUCACCAGGGCAACAUGGAGUCCUUAAAGUUAAUUGGUUUAUUAUGGAUGAAGCAGUCAAAUUAUGUAUCAUGUUCAUGAUACUAAAUGUUUACUUUGUGUUGUCUUUCUUUUGCAUACUGACAUUGAAAUAAAGCAAAAUAUCAGUGUUAAAAUAGAAUGUAUAACAUUUAUCCUGUAUCAGUUAUCACAAAAUAAACAACCUAGUUGUGACCUUCUUAGAUGUUGACUGGCAGGUUGUUGGUUUGUUUGCUUCAGAGACGUUUCAAAAUGAACUGGUAACCAUAGACAUAGAAAGAGUAGACGCUGCAUCGACCGCUACUACCUAUUGGCGCUAACGAGCCGUGGGGCCGCCGGUCCGGUCACCCGCUCCACUCAGUGUAAUCUGUUUGGCAGGUGCAAUUAAGUGUCAGCGCAUUUAAUCAAUCAUAACUUGCUAAAUACUAAACUGAUUUUCAUGCAGGUUUUUGUUCUGCAAACGUCAUACAUGUAGGAACGAUACAGGACUCAUGGUUCGGCGUAUUUAAAUAUUCAUAGUGGGCUUAACAGUAAUAGAAUAUUCUGAUAUGUGAUAUAUGUGAUGUAUGAAAGGUAUUUUGCCGCACAGUGCUCUGGCAUCUUGAAGUCUCUGCUGCUUCAGCUUACGUUUACAGGUAGGAUCAUGGGAAGGAUGACCAGACCAAGAUGGCGGCUGUAUUUCUUGCGCCCCAGCAGCCAAUACGGCGUCUACUCUUUAUAUCUCUAUGCUGGUUACAGCUUUCUGUACUAACAGAGCUGGUAGGAGGAGUCUGGAGGUAGAAUGUUUAAGCUCCUGUGAGUGACUUUGGGAUAUGUUGAUUUUGGUGACAUCUGUGGACAAAGCAGGUUGAUUUCUCUGGUCCUGCCCUGUACCUAUGUAGGCCGUUUCUGCCAACAAAAAAAAUUCUGCCGUCUUAUUCUAAAUGUCUAACAUGCAUCUGAAAUUGAACAUUGGUAACAUUUUUAAAAGCCUGUUUCAGCAACAAGCUGUUGAUCACAUACCAUGCUGCUGGGGGGACAGGUAUUUAAAAAUGAGUGACAGUGAUGAGACAUGAUAGUUAUUUGUGCUUACUUACUGGCUCUGAUGCACAUUAAAAAUCUGAUAUAACAUUAACCGCAAGCUAAUGGUGCGUCACAUAUAAUUUGAUCCGGUUUGAACAUCACUUUUGUUUCCUUGUGUCUUGGUGAAGAAGGCUGUAACAACUUGGAUUCCACUGAGGUCCAGAUAUCAGAAGCCAUCUUUGUACACUUUGUCACCACCUUUGCAUGCUUUUGAUUCUAGUAACUGAGUGAUCAGCAGCAGCACAGCGUUUCUCUCUCCCUCUCUAUCUCACCUGCGGGGGGGAGUUAGAGUUGCCAUGUUUUACAACUUUCUUGCGACCGCCCAGUUAACCAAAAUCAAGAUUCAUGUUAAGAGGACAAAAAUGUAUCUCUUCCUUUGAUUGAACAUUGAUUUCUGUCUCGUAAGCGCCAAACAAAAUGAGUAAUUCCAGUGGUGUCAUACGAAACUGCGGAGGCCUAUUGUGUGCAGCUAUAGAAAUUCUAGUCUUGAAAUAUUGCUCAAACUGAGGUUUGUAAAUGUAUUAAAAUGAUGUGAACAGGUCAUAUGCACAAUUAAAGUGCAUUUGACAU